AUGACUUCAUACUCCGACGUCCCCUUCGCCGAUCCGGUGUGGCUCACCCGCCAGUACAGCCCCUAUUAUAACGACUCCCAUCGUCGGCUCCAGCGCGAGGCUCGCGCGUACGUCGAUACUCAUAUCCUGCCCUUCUGCGACGAGUGGGAGAAGCAAGGAGAAGUCCCAGCCGAGGUCCAUCGACGCCAUGCCGAGCUGGGAUACACGGCCGUCGCAUCUUUUCCCCUCGCCGCCGACUAUCUUCAAGGCCAGCGACUCCCCGGCGAUAUCGACCCGCGCAAAUGGGACGGCUUCCACGAUCUGAUCGUCAUCGACGAGCUAGCUCGCUGCGGUUACCUGGGCAUCGUCUGGGCGCUGGGAUGUGGGAACUCCAUCGGCGGGCCGCCCGUGAUCAACUUUGGGAAUGCGGAGCAGAAGCGUCGCUUCUUGCCGGAUAUGCUGCGCGGGAACCACCGGUUCUGCUUGGGCGUCACGGAGCCGGACGCUGGCUCCGAUGUUGCGGGGAUUACGACCACGGCGACGCGAAAGGGCGACGUGUAUGUGGUGAACGGCGCGAAGAAGUGGAUCACGAACGGCAUCUUUGCGGAUUACUGCACCGCUGCGGUCCGGACGGGUGGCAAGGGCGUCCAGGGCGUAUCGGCUCUGGUCAUCCCGCUCAAGUCCAAGGGGGUGAUGCGUCGCAAGAUUGACAACUCCGGGGUCCAUGCUAGCGGGUCGACGUACAUCGAGUUUGAUGACGUGGAAGUCCCUGUCGCCAACCUACUGGGUCAGGAGAACAAGGGUUUCCCGAUUAUUAUGAGUAACUUCAACCACGAGCGCAUGUGGCUGGCCUGCACCUCACUCCGCAUGGCCCGUGUCUGCUUGGAGGACGCAUACAUCCACGCCAUCACUCGGGAGACGUUCGGGAAGAAGCUCAUCGAAAACCAAGUCAUCCGAUCCAAAUUCAGCACAAUGGCCCGCGGGCUGGACUCGACCUAUGCUUGGAUGGAGCAGCUGAUCUACAUGUCCGAGGUGGCUCGCAAGAAGGGCACGGAUGCCGGCAUGGGCGGUUUGUUCGCCAACCUCAAGAUCCAGGCCGGCCGGACGCUGGAGCUGGUCAAUCGCGAGGCGCAGCAGGUUUUGGGCGGGCUGGGAUACUCGAAGAAUGGUCGGGGAGCCCGCAUCGAACAGGUCAGCCGCGAUGUGCGAGUGAUGGUGGUGGGAGGUGGCAGUGAAGAGAUCCUGUCGGAGCUCUCGGUCAACCAGGAGAUUAGGGUGAUGAAGAAGUUGGACCAAAGCAAACUGUAA